GCACCAUUUAGAAGAGAAUCACUUCAUUGAAAAAGUUUCAAAUCUCCACUGCAGUCAAAAAUUAUAGAAAUUGAAGCCGUGGUUGUUCUAUGCAGCAGGUCCUGGACAACUUGAAUGAUUUGCCAAACUCUACGGGAGCCAAGGAUCUAGAUUUACUGUUCCUGAGAGGAAUCAUGGAGAGCCCAAUUGUACGAUCACUAGCUAAGGCCCAUGAAAAGUUGGAAGACACAAAGCUGGAGGCUGUACGUGAUAAUAACCUGGAGUUAGUGAAGGAGAUCAUUGAUGAUAUCAACCCAAUUGCAAAGGAGAACGAUUCUGCAGCUGAACUCACGCAGAUUCUCCAGGAACCACACUUUCAGUCUCUGUUAGAAGCUCAUGAUACAGUUGCCUCCAAGAACUAUGAAACUCCACCGCCAAGUCCGGAGUCUCUAAUGGACUCUACUUUCAACAAUCAGCCUGUUCCACCUGAUGCUGUCCGAAUGGUGGGGAUUCGCAAGGUCAAGGGUGAACAUUUGGGUGUAACGUUCAGGGUUGAAAGCAGUGAGCUUGUGAUUGCUCGCAUUCUCCAUGGAGGCAUGAUUGACCAGCAGGGUUUGCUUCAUGUGGGCGAUAUUAUCAAGGAGGUGAAUGGAAAAGAGGUUGGAAACGAUCCAAAAGUCCUGCAGGAAAUGCUACAAAAUGCAAGCGGAAGUGUCAUCCUAAAGAUCCUGCCCAGCUAUCAGGAACCACAUCCUCCAAGACAGGUCUUUGUGAAGUGCCAUUUUGAGUAUGAGCCUACCAAUGAUAACCUGAUCCCAUGUAAAGAAGCUGGCUUGAAGUUCACUUGUGGUGAUAUUCUACAGAUUGUGAAUCAGGAAGACCUCAACUGGUGGCAGGCCUGUCAUGUGAAAGAGGGAGGAAGUGCGGGCCUUAUUCCCAGUCAGCUGUUGGAGGAGAAGAGGAAAGCUUUUGUGAAACGAGACUGGGAUUUUUCCAGUUCUUCUGGUGCACUGUGUGGGAGCAUGGGUGGAAAAAGAAAGAAGAAAAUGAUGUAUCUCACCACCAAAAAUGCAGAAUUUGAUCGCCAUGAACUUCUGAUCUAUGAGGAAGUAGCAAAGAUGCCACCAUUUCAAAGGAAAACUCUUGUCCUUAUAGGAGCACAGGGGGUUGGAAGACGAAGCUUAAAAAACAGACUCAUUAUGUCUGACCCAAUGCGUUUUGGAACCACAAUUCCUUUCACCUCACGAAAGCCAAAGGAGGAUGAGAAUGAUGGUCAUAUUUACGCUUUUGUGUCCCGUUCUGAAAUGGAAAAUGACAUCAGAGGUGGGCGGUACCUGGAGCAUGGUGAAUAUGAAGGAAACCUUUAUGGGACAAAGAUUGAUUCCAUCCAUGAGGUGGUAGAAUGUGGAAAAAUAUGCAUCUUGGAUGCAAACCCACAGGCACUGAAGGUUCUGAGGACAUCUGAGUUCAUGCCUUAUGUGGUGUUUAUUGAAGCUCCAGACUUGGACACACUACGGGCAAUGCACAGGGCAGCUAUUGAUGCAGGAGUUACAACAAAACAACUAACUGACACGGAUCUGAAGAAAACAGUGGACGAGAGCUCUCGCAUCCAGCGAGCGUACAGCCACUACUUUGAUCACACCAUUAUGAAUGAUAACCUUGACAAGGCCUUCCAAAAACUUCAGGCUGCUAUGGAGAAACUCUGCACAGAACCCCAGUGGGUGCCAGUGAGCUGGGUCUACUAACACUUUCCAAAGGGUAAAAGGAUAUGCUUUACACAGAGCACCAUUAACAUUACAGAAGAAGUCCUUUAGAAUUUAAGAAACCUCCAUUUGGACUGAUUAUGUUUAGGGCAGA